GGACUUGGCGCAUGUGCGGUUGGUCCUAGUAAGGCGGUGGUGGUGUUUGCAGAGCAUUAACUUUCAUCGCUUUCUGUUUAUCAUUUUCUUCAAUUAAAAUGGAGCACAUCCGGACACCGAAGGUGGAACAGGUGAAGUGCUUAGAUCGCUUCAGCAGUAACAAGUCAACGACAGGAACUUUGCAUCUUACCACAACCCACUUAAUUUAUAGGGAGUCAACUACAGUCAACCCUAAGGAAAUUUGGAUCAUGCAUCAUCACAUUGCCAUAGUAGAGAAACUUUCUCUGACAGCAGUUGGGUGUCCACUAGUAAUUCAGUGCAAGAAUUUUCGGGUCAUUCACUUCAUAAUUCCAAGAGAAAGAGACUGUCAUGAUAUUUACAACUCUCUGCUCAAGCUCUCCCGACCAGUAACAUAUGAUGACCUGUAUGCAUUUUCAUACACCCCUAAGAAGACCGAAUGUGAGAGAGCAAUGGGAUGGAAGGUCAUUAAUUUAAGUGACGAAUAUCGACGUAUGAGAAUCCCAAAUGAUAUCUGGCAGUUAACUGAUGUAAACCGAGGUUACAAAGUUUGUGAUACGUAUCCAACGGACCUUUAUGUUCCCAGAAGUGUCACCAAGCCCAUUAUAGUUGGGAGUUCCAAGUUCAGGAGCAAAGGAAGAUUCCCUACAUUGUCCUAUUUUUUCCAUCAAAAGCAGGCUGCCAUAUGUAGAUGCAGCCAGCCGUUGUCUGGCUUUAGUGCCAGGUGUCUAGAAGAUGAGCACAUGCUGCAAGCUAUAAGCAAAGCCAAUCCCAACAGCCACUUCAUGUAUGUAAUGGAUACGAGGCCAAAGCUAAAUGCACUGGCAAAUCGAGCUGCAGGUAAAGGAUAUGAAAAUGAAGAUAACUAUUCCAAUAUUAGGUUCCAGUUUGUUGGGAUUGAAAACAUUCAUGUAAUGAGAGCGAGCUUGCAGAAAGUCAGUGAAGUGUGUGGAACCAAAGAGUUGGCUCUGAAUGACUUCUUAAGUGGUUUGGAGAGUUCUGGAUGGCUUCGCCACAUAAAAGCUGUGUUGGAUGCUGCUGUAUUUCUUGCUAAAACAGUGGGAUAUGAAGGUGCCAGUGUUUUAGUCCAUUGCUCUGAUGGUUGGGAUCGUACGGCCCAAGUCUGUUCCUUGGGUUCACUGCUUUUGGAUCCAUACUAUAGAACAAUAAAAGGGUUUAUGGUUUUGAUACAAAAAGACUGGAUUUCAUUUGGGCACAAGUUUGCUGACAGAUGUGGCCAGCUUGAUGGGGACCCCAAAGAAAUAUCUCCAGUGUUCACACAGUUUAUCGAAUGUGUUUGGCACCUGACUGAACAGUUUCCUCGUGUUUUUGAGUACAGUGAAACUUAUUUACUUGAGAUUCAUGAACAUGUUCAUUCCUGCCAGUUUGGGAACUUCAUUGGAAACUGCCAAAAAGAACGGGAGGAAAUGAAAAUUCAACAGAAAACCCAUUCCUUGUGGCCAUUCCUUUUAGAAAAUCAACACAAGUAUCUGAACCCCCUCUAUGACCCUAAACUUUCCUGCGCACAUCAAGUACUUGAGCCAAACACUGUCUCCUUCAAUUUCAAGUUUUGGCGCUGUAUGUAUCACCAGUUUGAUAUUACAAUACAUCCCAGGCAAUCACAACUCAGCCGAGUUUUGUCCUUUAGUGAGCAGAAUAAACAACUGGAGAUGGAAGCCAAAAAUCUGGAGGAGCAAAUAAUAAAACUGGGUCAAAAGCCACAUGCAGUCCAUAAUAAGGAAUCUUUUCACCCAGUUAGCCGAUUAUCACAGAUGCUUAAGGCAUCUGAAAAUGUGCAUAAAGAAGGACAGCAGACAACUGUGGAAAAUAACUUGAUCAGAACACCGGAAGGUGGUAACAUUCCUGGAGAUGGAGGCAAAGAACUCAGAGCUGCUUUCUCUAAAGCUGAGCCUACAUUGGUUAAUUUGGAGCUUGGAAUGGCGAAGAUGACCUGCUAAGUCAGAAUGAGAAAGAAUUCUUUCAACAUCCGGAGAAGUGUUUGUGGGAAUCAGAGGCUGCUGAUCAAGUGUUCAGUAAUAUGGAAAAUCAUACAUGGGUUACAAUUAGCCAGAUUGAUGGUUAAUGGCAUGGUUUUGCACCUCACUUGAUUUUUACUCCCAUUACUGAAGUAAACUUCUUAAUUCAAGUAGUCAUCAGAUCUGUAACAGCUGAUUUUAGUACGUCAGAAAUUACAACAUAAAAAUACGUACUAUCCUGGAUCCAAAUCAGUUAGAUUUGCACUAUGCAAAAUUUGUUUAUAUUACAGUAUUUUUCCAUCUUAAUUAGAUGAUGCACAAUAAUUAGGACUUGUGAAAACAGUUGUAUAAGGAUCCUUUGACUAAGCUGACUUAGUGUGAACAUUUAGCUGUGUUAUGAUAAAACAUCUGCAGGUGUUGGUAGAGGAUGCACUUGAUGGUGUUAUGCUUUGAAAUUAAGAGAUUCAUGAAACAGUGAUAUCGCUGUAACUUUCUGACUGGGAAAAUUCCUACUUAUGGCUGGCUUACAGUAGAAUUUUGUCACCAUAUUUUAUGCUGUUAACACAGUAAAUUCAGCAGAAAUCCUGCUAUGGAGUAGCUACCUCGUACUUAAAUUCUAUUGUUCUGUUACCAAAGUAUGAAGUCUGCUGCUGGAUGACAUCAUGUUAGUUCCAGUGUUAUAGAUGUAGGAGGCAAAUAUAUGCUUAUUAUGUUUCCAACUGGAACUAUCCACUGGUCACUUACUGGAAGCAGACAGCCCUCGCACCCCACCCCCCACCUUCCCCUGGUGGUCUGACAAAUGCCAGCUGACUUGCCCUGGAAAGCAGGGUUUAAAAAGGGAAGUUGUCUACAAUCACUGGGCUUGAUGAUUUGCUGAAUAUUUGGAGAAAUGCUAUUUAUAUGUACGUAUGUUUAACAUGAUGCAUUCAGAGGAAACUGGACAGCAUAUCCCUGCUGAUGUGAUUUAAGCAAGUUGUUUAAUACACAUCCCUUGCAUAGCAGCCUUGGUCUAGCAAUGAUGUUAGUUGGAAAGAUGUUGGUCACAAGUGUAAGAACAGCUGCUAUUGCUACAUACCUUUGUGUUCAUUUUUAGUUCUAAAACUGAGCAGGUUCAAGUCAAUUAUUAAAGAUGGAAAUUUAGUACAAGUGUAUAAAAAAUGCAUUUUUAUGUCUCUCUCUCUCGUUGCACCCUUGUGUGCAAAUGUGGAGCUGAACUGAUCUUGUGUUUCUGGGCCAGAACGAAGUGACAAAACUUGAUAGCAACUUUUAAAAAUCCACAUUUUUUAAAUGUUACUUUCACCCUGUUUUCCCCUCACAUGUAUCUUCAUAGAGAAAGGAGGCAACACAUUCCUAAUGCUUCUUUGUGACUGUUUUGUGGAAGUUUAGAGUUGAUUUCCUCACUUAAGAAAAACUGGCAGGAAGAAAAAUGUUUCCAUUGUGCACCUCUCUGGGAUGAGUGAAAUGGCAAAUUCCACCAAGUGUGGAAUGAAUUUAUCACUGUACACAAUGCAGUAAAGCAAGCAAACAUACAGCUAUACUGCACUACCCGGUCACUUAAAUAUAUUCUCUGGAAAUAGUAAACUCAAAUUGGUCUGAUCUUGGGUUUGUUGAAAUGUAUGAUACAUAUUCCGAUAAUGCUCCACAUGGUCUUGUUUUAUUGCCCCUUGUAUUCUAAAGGUUCAGUGCUUUCUUUUACAGCUAUAGUAAAGCAUGUAGAAAAGGGACAAAAGAACAUUGAUUCAAAGUGUAAAAUGUACAUAACGGUUUCGAGAAAUUACUCUCAUAUUUAAAACUCUUUGUUUUUCCGGUCUGUGCCUUCCUCUUGCACUAUUGAUACUGAGCUUGAUAUAUUUAAGCUUAGACACCCUUUUUGAAUAGUUCUUAUGAGAAGUAACAGAUUCAGAAUUAUCAAAAAAGCUAUUUAAAUUGAUAUAUGUGAUCACUGUGCAGAUACUAAACCUAUUGACCACUAACCUUGCUUAAGGCUGUUUAAAAGCCACUGUUUUUAUUAUUUUGAUAAAAGCUCCUGAAAUAGUUUUGCCAAAAUUUCAGAAUAGUGCAAAUAGCUGUGCAAAGUAAAGCAAGACUACAGAGGCUUUGUGUUCCAAAUAGAUAUGGCAGCAUAUCUGGUAGUUUAACAUGAUAUAAGAUAGGAGAUGGGUGUAGGAAAGUUCUGUUGUUGUACGUGCUUUCUGUUAAUGAAGUAUUUGCUGUUUAUUGUAGUAAGAGGUUUUAUUUCACUUAAAAAUUAAGUUUUUAGAAUAUUCGCAAUUCAUGGUACAGGAGACAUGUAUUAGAAUACAACUGGGACAUGGUAGGGCAGAGUUUACAAAGGCACAAUGCAGACAUGGAUCUCACCUACUGGGAACAGAUCAGAUUACUGACAUCAUAUAAUUUUCCACCCAUUAGUUUUAAAUCAUGGGGGUUGUGCCUUUAAUUUUCCAAUAUACUCUGCCAGCAGACAAGACUUCAUGCCAGAAGCAAAUAUUUGGAGGUUUGUUUUGAGCAAAUACUUGGCGAAUUGUUUGGAGAAUGUCUUCUGUAGCAUGAAAGUACAUUCCUGACCAUUUCUCUAACAAAAUACCAAUAAAGUGCCAUUAAUAGGUAGAUUUGCAUUCAAAUGCCCUAAAUCUUGCAAGAUUCAGGACUUUAAAGCAGUGAUUAUUGUGUUUAUUUAGAAGCCACACAGAAUACUUAGAAUUGAUAAAUAUUUGACAGACAUGUCGACACAGCAAUUAUUUUAGCAUUCCAUACAAAUCUGAGUUCUUUCAAUACAGAAUACAAAUAGACUUUUAUAAAAGUAUAUGGUGGGGCUCAAAAUACAAAGCCACAUACAUUUAAGCUAUAGCGCUCUCUUUAUCUCUGCAAUAUCUGAGGUCACCUGAGGAAAAUCACCAUGUUUUAAAAGUGAAUGGGGAGGAGCAUAUACAUAUUUAACUGAUAACACUAGAUAUAAUGUGUGAAAAAAUAAUGAGAGAAGAUGUUUAGCUCAUCUAAAUCACCUCCCCACACUUUCUAGCUAAAGAGGAGAAUUCCAUGUUCUUUCACUGUUGUACCAAAUGGUUCACAGUGUCAUAAAUGGAGAUCAGUAAGUGGAUAUUUGAUUGGUGGAGUAAUAAAGGGAAUUAUAUAAAAGUAGCAAUGGACAAGUAUAAAGUUAGCACUGUGAAUAGGAAAGUAGCUAGACGAAGGUUCAACAUUUUCUUUUAAAAGAGCAAUUCACAGACUGAUCCAACUAUCCAUGUAAGCAUAAUUUCUAAACUCAUCUGUUGUACCAAAUUGCAGUGCAACAGAUGUCACAAGAAGAACCUUUAGAAAGAUGUGGUUUUUCGCUAGAUGAAUUCCCUUAAUUAUAGUUUUGAAACAUUGUACAUAGUGUUCAUCAUAAGAUAUUGGGAAGCAUUCUGGCUUGCCAUUGUGGCAGAUGAGAUGGAUUCAUAUCAUUAAGCAUUACAACUUGCAUACAAGCUGUUUUUGUAUUUAAAACCAAAACAGUUUAUAACCAUAUAUUGGCCACCAAGUAGUAAGCUUUCUCCUUUAUGUUUGGUGAAAAAUUCAGAGUCUAAAGUAGGCUCCAUGCUAUCUUUUUAAUACCAUUAAUAAAGGGAGGAGACGAGAUAGAUGUAGUUAUGCAUUGACAAUAAUGUUCUCCAAUCAUCCUCAAGCCAGUGCACUUAUUAGUGACAUUACUCAAAAAUUGUUGUAUACUCAUUUAUUUAUUGUUACCCUUUGUAAUUUUGUGUAAGACAAAUGUGGGUUAUUAUCAAUUUAUUUUGUACUGAUCUUUAUUUGAAUGAAUUUGUAUUUAGCAAUGUAAAUUAUGUAUGACAUGUUGAUGGUAUAAACUUGCUAUACUUUUUAAAAGUUCAAGCCUAGGAUGGAAACUACUGAAUAGGCCUUCUAGGCUUCACUGCAGAAUUUAUUUUGAGAGAUACUGGCCAAGUUGACUUUUUAUCAUAGUAAACUUUGGGUCAGUAAAUUAGCAAAGUAUCGAUUGCCUUUGAAUUUUGUUGUUGACAUCACCCACUUAGAUACGCAGUGUUGCUACUCCAUUUCAAAAUUAACCGAACCAAUUAUUAUAGACUUGAGUAUAAAUUAUUUACUGUAUACAGAAAGAAAUUCUGAAUUAUGCUGAUUGUACUUUUCCCCCCAUGAGCACUGUGGUUAUAUAUACAGUUAACAGAAUUUUGUAUAUUUGGAUGAAACAGGGAGUUAUUGAAAAUGUUAUUUUUAACUUUAAAAGAAAAGUCACACUUAUAAUUGCUUGAUAUAAUUAACAUGAUUUUUGUACACAGUUUUUGAUGUUAAAUCAGGUACACGAUAUGCAUUUGCACACACAUGGAAUUCUCCAUUAGGAUGAUCUUUCAAAUUAACAUUCCUUCUAAUUUUGUGGCUGCAGAGACUUGUACUGUCAGUGGUUUCAAACAUCUUAUUCCAUUCUGAUCUUUAAGGUUCUCCAGUGAAAACAGGUGUUUUAUUCUGGGAAGAAUUUGGAUCUUAAUUCCUAUGGAUGAAUGGUCUGUAGUUUUGAUGUGGUGUGCUAUUUGAUCUUUCUAAAACAAAGAUUUAUUGGUGCAAGGGUCCAUUUAGUACUGCCUAGUGGAGGUUGAUAGUUCCAUAGUCAGAUACCUGGUUACAAUGAUGAUAUGACUUUCCACCUUUGAAUUAAAAAUAAAUGGUUGUUGUGAGAUACACAUUUUGGGGAUUUUAAAUUUUGAAGCUACUGGCGCAAGUCUGUUAAUGGCUGCAGUAAAUUGUUAAUAGAUAACCCAUAAUAGUGAUGCAGUGGUUAAUUCAAGUUAUAAAUAAAUCAGAUAAAAGAUUAGUACUUAUUUAUUAGAAAUAUCUCUAAUGUUUCUGGCCUGUGUUUUGGAUAUAUGAUGGAAAUUCCAAGAACUUUUAAGGGACCAUGCAGUGGAAAGCACUCCAGAAAGUAUAAGUAACAAAUAUCACUGGAGAUAUGAUUAAGUGAUAUCAUCUCAGACUCUGCUUCAAGUUUGGUAUCUGGUUUUGAUGUACAACAAGGCUUUUUGUGUAAAUGAAACGUAGGUGAAUUUGCGAAGCAGAUUAUUGCACUCGUGCUGAAUAACAUAAUGGAGGUAUUCAGGGAAAAAAGUUACGCAGAUCUAUUAACCAGGAAUAGAAUAAGAUUUUUUAAAAUUUCUUUGUUACAGUACAGAAUAUUCCUACCUCUUCUAUUUAGAUGCUUAUUUCUCUGUGUGAUGCAGUAAAUAGAAUACCCCAGUUUGAAUUUCUGGAGCUUUUCUUAUUGCCCUGCUGCAUGAUUACAUGUGCUGCAAAACAUUGAGAACUACUUAAAGGAUAUUGGUGGGUGAUUGGGAAAGGAAGGAAGAAGUCAUGUGAUUCUUGCUUUAAGAGUUAUUCAGAAACUUUUGUAGGAAUGGUUGGAGCAGGAGCCUUUUCCAAAUUUUUUUAAAGCCGUGCACUAAAAAGUUCAAUAUUCAGCUUUGAUGUUUUAUUAACAACCCGCUUGGGAUUAAUCCUAAUCUCUAGUCCUGCUGAGAGUUCAUCAUGGAAUCAUGGGUAGGGCAGAAUCUGUUGUAAGUAGUGCAUUGAACUGUUUAAUGUGGUAAUGUGGCUAAAGAAUAAAUAGGAAGACCUUUACAUUUUGCAGAUGAUUUGGAUGCAAUGUUGCCUUAUUGUAAAUCUAAAAAUGGAAUAAAAAUUAAACUUUGAAUGUU